UGUCGUUGAGCGGAUAAGCUGUCCCUUUUGUCUCUCUCGGUUUCUCCUCACAAAAUAUUCCAAUCUGCUACUACUCUCUCCUUCUGAAUUUAUAUCUCCCACUCUCUACCUUCCUUCAUCACAAAUAUUUAGAGAUUAUGGGGUCGAGGGCAAGAAGGAAGCAGAGAUGGUGCACACAAACACUAACGCCUUUAAUGGAAGGGCCAGACCCUGAAAUGCAAGAAGAAGGAAACAAGAAGGAGAGCUCUUGGGAAGUGAUCCGAGAAUGGUUUCGAACACAAAAGGGGUUGUCGGCAAGUAAUUUUCCAAUGUCUUUAUAUGGAAACAAUAGUAUUCCUGCCAAGAGUCAAGAUUUAAGGCUUUUGCUUGGUGUCUUGGGUUGCCCCCUCGCCCCUAUUCCUCUAGUUAAUCACCCAAUUCAUCACAUUCGGGUCAAAGACAUUCCUAUUGAAACUUCGACGGCGCAUUACAUUAUACAGCAAUAUUUGGCCGCUACGGGAUGCUUGAAACAGCAGAAAUGUGCGAAAAGCAUGUAUGCAACAGGAAGCGUGAAGAUGAUUUGUUGUGAAACGGAGAUUUCCUCAGGCAAGAAUGUGAAAAGUUUGGGAACAAGAAGUGGAGAAAGUGGAUGCUUCGUUCUUUGGCAAAUGUUACCAGGGAUGUGGUCCCUUGAGCUGGUCGUUGGAGGCAACAAGGUGAUUGCCGGCAGCGAUGGGAAAACUGUCUGGCGACACACAUCUUGGCUUGGCACGCAUGCAGCCAAGGGACCCCAACGACCCUUGCGUCGCACAAUCCAGGGACUAGAUCCAAAGACAACAGCCAGCUUAUUUGCUAAAGCGCAAUGCCUGGGCGAGAAACGAAUAGGGGAGGAUGAAUGCUUCGUGCUCAAAGUAUGCGCGGACCGUGCAGCCGUGAUGGAACGGAACGAAGGGCCAGCGGAGGUGAUAAGGCAUGUGUUAUACGGCUACUUCUGCCAAAAGAGUGGUCUGUUGAUAUACUUGGAGGACUCCCACCUGACCAGGGUUCAUACACAAGAGAAUGAAUCUGUGUACUGGGAAACUACCAUAGGGAGUAGCAUUGGAGACUACAGGGAUGUGGACGGAGUGUUGAUUGCGCAUCAAGGAAGAUCUAUCGCCACAGUUUUCCGAUUUGGGGAGCUGUCCAUGCAGCACAGUAGGACUCGGAUGGAAGAAGUUUGGAGAAUUGAUGAUGUUGUUUUUAAUGUCCCGGGCCUCUCCAUCGACUCUUUCAUUCCUCCUGCUGAUAUCUUUGACAAUGUUCAUUCCCCUUCACUAUAACUAACAUCAACACAUCUAUAUCUAUAUAUAUGCUUUAUUCUUGUUCUAAUUUGCAGAGAAAAUACAUUGUUGCUGGGGUUCAUGCUGUAUCUUAAGCUUAAUUUCGAUUAAGUGUAGUUUGUAGUUCGUUUCCAAACUCAUUAAGCUCGUAAAAAGAAUGACAAAAAUUCAUGGUUGGAGUGGAAUAAGGAAUUUUCUCUUUUCUUUUCCUAUGUUUUUUUUCCUUCUCUCCUUGUCAGAUGUAAUGUUUUAAAUCACUUAAAGAAGUGUAUUAAAUACCAAUUUUCUUGAUAA